UUUUCCAUUUAAUAUUUUGUAUAUUUGCAUGUGGGUUUCUUGUUCCUCCAGUUAAGAUCCUGCUGAUGCCUGAGAGGCACAUGAUUACUGUGGCCUUCACAUUGCCCUCACAAUCCUGGAUCUGAAAAAACCCUUCAGCCUCAGAGCUGAGGGUCCCAUCAGACAACAUACAAAUCACUCGCGAUGGUGACACAAAACAUACUCGAAAGUGUCCUUCACAGGAGAAAUCGUGGACAAGAAAAUCUGACCUUUCUGAGAAUAAAAGAAUACACGCAUACCGUAGAGGGUGGAUGAUGACCUGACGCUGAUGGACAUUGGCGUGCAGCCUCAUUGAAUGGUCCAAUUUGAGAUGAGCUCGCUAGACCCAGAGACCAAUCAAACCACAGCAGGAGUACAACAUGCCCCAUGUCAUCACUGUCAGGCUACAAACAAGGUUACAGCUGACUAGCGUAUCAUGAGGAUAGACAAGCCUUUGUGACAAGUCUCUUGCUUGAAGACACAGACUCGUAUCAGGACGUGGUGGUGGAGAUCGACAGAGCGACUCCAGGGAAGGAGUCUCUGGGAGGAUACCAUCAUAAUGUGACCAAGGCGGAGCAUCAUCAUGCUGCUGUCCAGACGAUGCCUAAGAAGAGACCUGACGAGGAUGUUGAGAUGUUCAGCAGGGAUACACAGGUGUGCACGCGCACACAGGCCCUAGUUUGCGCUCUUCAAACUACUGGUAUUUGUGCCAUUAUUUAACGCUCAAAAAACAUGUCUUAAACUAUUUUACUCGAGAGCGUGUGGUAAAAGCGAGAGGAUUUUGUCCUCGCAUAUUAAUUUAUUUGGAAUGGCAGAAUAACACAUCAUCAGCCCAGAGACUUACAUCACUGCAGGAGAAUAUCACGGCAAGAGACUGAGAGCUGUUCGUGUGUCUGCAGGGUUGAGAGGAAAUUAUGUUCAUUCUGGGCUUUCUCCGUUCAUGACAAAUGCUUGUAUGUGUGUUUAUUUUCCUCAGGUCAUUACACUCCAGUCAUAUGUCAGGCGCUGGCUAGCCAAGUGUUUCACAGACCGCUUGAGAAGGCUAAAAAGAAAGCAUCUGGCAUGGCUAGAAAAGGAAAAGGGAAGGAAGAAAGAGGAGAAAGAGCAGCAGAUCAGAGAUGAAUAUCACCGCAGGAUGAAGGCAGACUUUGAUCUGCUUUAUAAUGGCUUGAGAAAAUGGAUAGAGGAAGUGGAACACAUCAAUGUCACUUUAUCUGGUGUGGAGAGAAAGGCAGCGCUGUGCGCUCUACUGGAGCAAGAGUCCCAGUUCAUCUCCUCCAUAGAACAGCAUAGAAUGUCUGCAGGCAUGAGGAACCAGGAUAAGGCCAUACAAGCCUUCCUCCACAAGCCAAUAGACUGGGGUUCAGGUCUGGUGAGUUUGCUGGCCAGUCAAGCACACCAACACCAUGGUCAUUUAACCAACUUUUGGUGCUUUUGGCAGUGUGGGCAGGUGCCAAAUCCUGCUGGAAAAUGAAAUCAGCAUCUUCAAAAAGCUAAUCAGCAGAAGGAAGCAUGAAGUGCUCCAAGAUUUCUUGGUAAAUGGGUGCAAUGGACCAACACCAGCAGAUAUAAUUGCAUCCCAAAUCAUCACAGACUGUGGAAACUUAACACUGGACUUGAAUUGGACUCUAAUUAGCUGUUUUUGACUACAACACUGAGCUUAACUUCACCCUAUACAUCAAAAUGUGAGUGUGAUGUGAGCUGUUAGGUCUGUAAACAACUUCCAGUUGUAAAGACACUUCAAAACAACAAGUUCUGGUUGGUCAUCUCACUCUUUGAAACCAACUCCAUUAUUUA